GAAUGUAUGCAUCUGAUUCCGAUUGGAAAGUUCCGGAAAACUCCGUAGAAGCGAAUGAAUUUCCAACCGCAUGGAUUGGUUUAAAUAAUGCGAAUGAAUUUCCAACCGCAUGGAUUGGUUUAAAUAAUGAUUGUUCCAGAGGCCCCUGGAAUCACGAAGACUACACAAAAGAAGUAAAAGAUUUUGGGAUUGAAUUGAAAGUGUGUUGGUUCUUCCUCACCGUAGCCUGCCUUUUGUUUAUAUCAUUCACUGCAGUAUACAUUAUAAUGAUCUAUAAAUCUAAACUUGAUCCCGACUUUUAUAAAGAGCAACGACACAAAUAUGCUCGAAUUAAGCUGUACUUUGGCUUUGCAUGUAGCAUGUUACAGGACAUUCCCAUUACAUGUCUAGCAGUGGAUUUGUAUGUGACUCGCUCGGGUUCUAAAGGGCUGCUCUGUUGGCAAUGUGCUCAGGACAAGAGUUGCACGACCAAGUAUGUUCUACGAGAAAGAAUCACUCGAAUGACAGCUCUUUUGUCCGUCAGUUUACUAACUACAGCCAUAACAAGUGCUUAUAAAGGAGUGACAACUUUCUAUCGUUGGAGUAGAGUACGAGAGGCGAAAUGCUUCGAGCUGAGAGCUUGUGUUUCUUUGUUUGUAGGAUGCAUUUAUGCUCUUAUUAUCAUUACACCUUCGUUAGCAUUGGUAAAGUACAAGUUCUUUUCUUUGGCCAGUCAGAGUGGUAACGUUUUUGCUGGGACUGUAGAUAGUUUAUUCAUGAUAGGGAUUAUUUGUUGGGCUGUGUUUGUCGUUGUUGCAUUUUGCUGUCCUAUCGUUCAAUCAAUACGAACGUAAUUAGUCUUUAGACGAAUUCUCCCAAAAACAAAAAACGAAACAAAAAACAAGAAAAAUAUAAUAAUAAUGCAGAAAUGCUUAGAAAAACAAACGUUUAACGUAAUUAUAUAAAGCCAUGACAAGCAACGUUAGAAUGAAAAAUAAGAAUUCAAGAAGGAAAAUAUAUCUCGAGACAAGACAAGAAAAUAAAAGAAAGAUGUUAAAGGCCAGCAAGAAGAGAAAAAAUAGACGAACAAUGGUGAUCGAGGAAUAAAAUGUCUACCAUUUUGCUUCGUAAAUAUGGAAACCCUCUGGCAAAGAUUUAGAAAAUUAAUUAGUUAUUGUGACAUGCGCAGAAAGAUAGCUCGAUACACAGGGAUCCCAAAUAGCAUGAUAUUAGAAAUGUAGUUUUUCCUUGAUCGUAACAUACACAUUUCUAUUGCCUAAAUGAAUGGCAAGUUUUUUAGCCCUUCACUGAAGACUGGUAAGGAGAUUUAGAUUCAUUAAAGGUGCAUUCAGCUGACUGAUACCAAGCAAUAGAAUACUCUCUGGUCGAUACAUAGCAAAUGACGACCAGUGUUUUCCUGUCAUGGUAUAGGCUGGUAAUGAGAUUCAUGAUAUAUUGAUACUAUGUAAAGUUACCCAAGUAAUUAAUGUAAGAUGUAGGACUACAAUUAUUUAAAAAAUUCAUAAAACUUCUUUCUUGACUAAUUUCAAGAAAUUAAUUUUUUUUUUGGCUCUUUUACAAAAUAUUAUUUCUUACCUGUU